AUGUCUUCAUGGAGCAAGGUUUAUAUAGGGCACUCGUCAGCCCAUGGGCUAGCCAUUGAAUGGGCAAAGCAAGGCUCCAACAAUUUCGGCCGCUCUCCAGCACCAUUUCAAAAAGACCUGGCCGUAAACCCUUCCGCCAAGUUCGAGCUAUCCAAAACCCGGCCGAGAUUAAUCUCCGACAAUCCCGGGCAUAUAAGCUCUGCAAUUCCAACCGCCAACUCCAGCUACCUUCGAAUUGCCCAGCUACGUCUCACAAGGCCUAGUUUUUUCCCGGCCGUGCCCAGCUGUUUUGCAAGCCUAGCUCUGCCAACGAAUCCCGGCCGCACCUUCAGCUCCAGCCCAGAUGUGGUGGAUUUUUUAACAGCCCCAAACAUUGCCCCCCGAUUUGUUAAGCUCGGAAUUGGUGCAGAGUGCCAUGAUGUUCUUCGUGUUCUUGAUUCGAAUCUUGUUUGCUUCACUAUAUUUUUCUUUGAUUCGAUUUUACACCAUGUUUGUAGGAUGGAAUCUAUUCCAAGUGAUAGUGGCCAAUUUUUUGAAGAUAUGAAAGUGGCCAUGGAAAAAGACUUGGGCAAGCAAGUAUUUGCCUACUUUCUCAAUGCCUUUCCCAACUCCGCCCAAUAUAUUCUUGGCCCAUUUUUCUCCGCCUAUCCGGAGGAGGUGGCCAAGACUUCACAUGGGCGCCCAUUUGGGAGAGCACCAAGCCAUUCAAACGUUGGCCGACAGGAACCCCCCCCAAACUGGAUCCCACUGCAACUAAAGAGGCCCCAUCAAAGAAAGCUUCAUCCGCCGCCGGGAAGCCCAACAACUCAAGCUUGGCGGAUGGCAAGUUUGAUUGGUAUCAUUGGUUCAAGGCGUUGGAACCAAAAUUGA